UGAGGCUGGAGUAGGCAGCCAAGCGUGUUCAGGAGUCUUCAGCUGAGGUAUCUGAACGUGCAGGAACCAGGAGUAGCCAGGGACCCAGAAGAAGUUGCAGAAGCUUGGAAGCUCAGGCUUGCACAGCCCUGCUCACUUUUUCCCAGAUGUCCAGCAAGGUGGCCACUGGCAGUGACAUCGGACAGGCCCGCCGGGCGGUAGAGCAGCUGCGGAUGGAGGCAGGCAUCAACCGCAUAAAGGUGUCCAAGGCAGCCACAGAUUUGCUGCAGUUCUGCACGGAGCAGGCCAAGAGCGACCCUUUCCUGGUGGGCAUCCCAGCUGCCACCAACCCUUUCAAGGAAAAGAAGCCCUGUGCUAUCCUAUGAACCCAUGAUAAUGCUACUACCCCAUGACCCUGGAUACCACAGGAAGAAGGGCCUCAAUAAACAUG